CAGCUUUCGAAUGUGACAGUAAUAUGUCAUACGCUUCCUUGGGCUCAUUUCUCAAAUAUUCUCUCUGCUUUCACAACCAUCCCAAUUUUUUUUCUGCCAAGCAAUCAACAGUACAAUCAAUUUGAUUAUUGUGCUGAACAUUUUUUCGUCUCACUAUGCAGGGGUUAUCCCAAUCCACAAUAUGUUUACAAAUGCAAAUGAAGUUGAAAGGGCUGUCACCACCACUGGAUAAACCCCGUCUCAAACCCACUUGUUUUGCCCAGAAAACAAAUUUUUCGUCAGGGCUUAUUUCUAUUCAAUUGCCCACGAGAACCCAAUUUACUGAUAUCUCUGCAUUUGCAUAUUUUGGGGCAUCCAAAUUUUUGAAUCCUUUAUUUCACAAGGACAAUGGGGUAUUUUUAAGAAGGAAUUUAAAUAGAGGGAAGGCAUACAGUCCAACCGAAGAAACGGUCGGGUCUUCAGAUGCUGACCGUGAACGUGAAAUUGAGAAGCUUGCUCAGGUUUCCAAACGGCUAGAAAGGACUGGAAUAUAUUUUAAGCGGUUGGGAGGGUUGGGUUUCUGGAGCCAGCUUGUGUGCACAGUCGUAUCUGCUGUGAUACUUGCUUUCUCAGCAGUCAUUACUGGGAGCCCUACAUCUCCACCAACAUUUUACUUGACUGCUGGUGGAAUUGCAGCAGCAUUUAUGUCUGUCUUCUGGUCUUUUGGGUACAUUCGGCUAUCUGAGCGUCUUCGGAAAAACGCAAAUGAUCCUGCAAAGGCUCCUCUACGUGCUGAUGUGGUGAGAAACCUUAAAAACGGAAUUAUUAUAAACAUUCUUGGUAUGGGUGCAACUGUGCUUGGCAUACAAGCAACUGUAGGGGUUUUAGUGGCAAAGGCUCUAACUACUUCAGCUAACCCGUAUUACCAAGGAAUAUCGCCAGGUUACAGUCCUGUUCUGGCUCUUGAUGUGUUCUUGGUGCAGGCUUGUGGAAAUACUAUUCUCUCUCAUUUUCUGGGACUCCUUUUCUCAUUGGAGUUACUUCGGUCUGUUACUCUACCACAGCCUCCUGAGACAGUAACACCUAAGGUUGCCUAAAUCCAGUCCAUGCCAGAAAAUAGUUGUUUCGGAACCAAGUAUUCCAUGGACGAUCAUCCCUUUUGAAGAUUCGUGUUUAAUACAUGGCAUGGGUUCCCUAUCCACCAUUUUCUUCCCAUGUCAGUUCUAAGUUAAGUCUUGAUUGUGAAUAUUUUUAACAGUUGUUCAUUUAACUAUUUCAAGGCUACUUAUUUUUCUCCAAAGCAACUAAGAGUGUUUUCUCCAAUUUACAUUUGUGAGCUUUUAGUUUGUUUCCUUUAGGACUACCUUUCUUCUAUUAUGGAAACAAGUUCUAAAAGAACGUUUGUAUUUGUCUUCUAUAGGUUUUCUGAAUGACAAAUUAUUAGAUAAAUGUUUCAGCAUAAUAUGAAUAAAUGUAAAUUCACAAUCACAGACUUUGAUGUGCAUUCUAAGCAGGCACUGUUUUUGGUCAUUGAAGAUGAAAAUAAUCAAAGGUGGGCUUAUCAAGAUUCAGUUA